CGCCGCUCAUCACACUCUAUUAGUGGUAAUUGAUUUUUCAUAGUCGUUAAUCAAUAUCGUUUAUUAUUUUUCGACAAUCUGUUCUCUUCCAUUUAACGAGUGAAACUUGUGCCCAAGGGGAUAGUGUAUGGUUUCCGUUAUAGAAAGAUGGGCGCUAACGAAAGUUUACUGAGUGCUGAUCAGUUGGAUGAGUAUGCAGAGUUGACCUAUCUUACCCGCUGGGAGGUGCUGUUGAUUUUUACGAAAUUGCAAAGCUUGGCACCGGAUGGACUGGUUAGGGAUUUACAGCAGAGAUUCCCCUGCCGAAAGAUUAUGGAUGUUUUUCCGCAGCUGAAGUACAACCCCUUCCGGGACCGGUUGUUCCAAGUGUUUUCCUCCGAGCACGACUCCCGCUGUUCGUUCGAAGACAUUCUGGACAUGUUUAGCGUCAUGUCCGAAAACUGCCCACAUCACGUCAAAGCGGCCUGGGCCUUCCGGGUGUUUGACUUCGACAGCGACAGCAUGAUCACCAAAGAGGACAUCUUCGUCAUCUGCGAUCGGUUGACCAAGUACGAUCGGCUCGAUCAGGACGAAAAGGAGUGCAUUGCGGAAGUGCUACUAAAAGAGAUGGAUCUGCACAGCAAUGGAAGCUUGGGAGAGUUCGAGUUUAUUCAUGUGAUAUCCAAGGUGCCGGAGUUCCAUCACUCAUUUACCUUUAGGCCGUAGUCUGGUGAGGAAUUACCAAACAAGUGUUUUUUUUAGUUUUCAAUAUUUUAUUCCAUUGUUUUCUUUAUUGUC